UUAUUUUGACAGCAGGACCUUUACCGGAAAAUACCAGAAUGUAGCGAGAGUCAAAAGUCCAGGUAGCAGUGUUUAAGAGUCUUUUAUCAGAACUUUUGAUAAAUAUAACUUCACUUCAAGUAUUCAUAAUCUGCAUGGUGAUGAUCAGAAGUGUAUUCAGGUUUCUUAGGACCAAUCCUGUUGGUGGCCAGAACAGCAUGUCUCAAAGCACUCUUGCUGGAAAGGUAGCCAUAGUCACUGCCUCCACAGAUGGUAUUGGUCUGGCUACAGCUCAGGCUCUGGGCAAAAGAGGAGCUCAUGUGGUGGUGAGCAGCCGGCGGCAGGCCAAUGUAGACAAAGCUGUGGCAUUACUGAAGAGCCAGAGCAUCCAAGUCACUGGAACCACCUGCAACGUUGGCAUAGGGGAGGACAGAGAGAAGUUGGUUCAAAUGACUCUGGAUCAGUGUGGAGGCAUCGACAUCCUGGUGUCCAACGCUGCAGUCAACCCUUUCUUCGGAAACAUCAUGGACUCCACAGAGGAAGUCUGGGACAAGAUCCUUGCAGUAAAUGUGAAAUCAGCCUUCCUUCUGACUAAGUUGGUAGUACCCCACAUGGAGAAAAGGCAAGGGGGAAAUGUAAUAUUUGUGUCCUCUGUGGCUGGAUAUCAACCAAUGCAGGCCUUGGGUCCUUACAGUGUGAGUAAGACAGCCCUGCUGGGUCUAACUCGGGCCCUGGCUCCUGAGCUGGCUCAGAGCAACAUCAGAGUGAACUGUGUGGCCCCAGGAGUCAUCAAAACCCGUUUCAGCUCUGCGCUAUGGCAAAAUGAAGACGUAGUGGAUGAGUUCAAAAAGCAGCUUAGUAUUAAAAGAAUUGGAAAUCCAGAGGAAAUUGGAGGCGUGGUUGCAUUCCUGUGCUCAGAGGAUGCUUCCUACAUCACAGGAGAGACCAUCACUGUGACGGGAGGGAUAGGCUGUCGACUCUGAGUUCUCAGAGGCAGCAGAGAUUCAUAAUGAAUUACAUACUUCUGUUGAUAACUUGAUUCUGCAUCGAUCAUUUCUACUGUUGGUAACUUGAUUCUGCAUCGAUCAUUUCUACUGUUGGUAACUUGAUUCUGCGUCCAUCAUUUCUAUUGUAUGUCUCUAAAGUGCAGGGACAACACUGUAAAAAAAUAAAACUAACACAAAAGUUCGUAAAAAUAAUUCCCUGAGCAGAUUCCUCUGACCUUCCUAUGCUGUGAUUAAAGUUUCUUUGUAAAGUUUUUCUAAUGAAGAAAUUGUGGAUUAUUUAAAUAAAUGGCUGAUAUCAUACUGGAACAAAAUUACAUGCAGUUUUAAAAUAUACUGUAAAUAAAUGA